AGCCUCUUUCUUAUAACAAAUGAAACAUGGUGUCAGUGUGGGAUUAAUAAUAAUGGAUUAUUAGGAAAACGAUCAGCCACCUAAACAAAUACAACAGAUGGAUGUAUCGUAAGUACAAGUUCCCAAAUUGAGGUUAGGAUAACCACGUGCAAAUUCAAAUACUGCAAAUUCACAAAAAUCCAAGUCAUCUGAAGAAAGUAACAAUAAAUACUAACAUGGCACAAGAAAUGGGAAUGUUUCGAAGGCCCCCAGAGUUGGAUUUUUCAACAAACGUAUCGUUCAAAUGGGAUUUAUGGAAACAACAAUUUGAACUUUUUCUAAUGGCAAUUUCGAAAGAGGACGAGACAGAAAAAAGGAAAAUAGCGAUCUUUCUCAACGUAGUAGGGGAAGAAGGAGUAAAAAUUUACAAUUCCUAUAAAUUAGGUGAGCAAGCAGACUUAACUCUCGCAAUUGUUUUAAAUAAGUUCGGAGACCAUUGCAAACCGAGAAGAAAUGUGAUCUACGAGAGGUACUGUUUCCUGAAAAUAAGACAAAAGGAAGGGCAGAGCUUUGAUGCCUACGUAACUGAAUUAAAAAAUGCAGCGAUGAAAUGUGAGUAUGGAAACCAACAAGACUCCAUAAUUAGAAAUCAAAUCAUAUUCAACGUAAGAGAAACACGUCUACAGGAACAACUAAUUAACGAAAAAGAUAUUACGUUAGAGAAAACACUAGAAAAGUGCAGAAAUGCCGAAAUAAGUAAAUUCCAAAUCAACGAGUUUUCCAAGGGAAAUCAGUAUCCUAUGGCAAAUGUGUCAGCGAUCAACAAGAAAAAACAACCAAUGAAGCAGAUGAAAACUGGGAAACCAACUACGAAAAUAAUUAAUAACUGUAGAAAUUGUGGACAAGUCAGUCACCCAGUAAACCAAUGUCCAGCGUUCAAUCAAAAAUGUAGGAAAUGUAAGAAACCGAACCACUUCGCCAAAGUAUGCAGAAGUAAAACCAACAGCAACUAUAGCGUCCAUGAGGUGGAGAAUGAGGAGGUUAAUAUGAGUAGUUUGCAAAUUCUAAAUAUUAAUAUUGAUGGAAUCACUGCGGAAGAAAACACUUGGUACGAAGAAGUGGAAAUUCAAGGUCAAAAAUUAAAUUGCAAAAUUGACACUGGUGCUCAAGUAUCAGUACUUCCGUAUAAUGACUUCAAAUCACUGAACAUGAAGAAGAAAUUGCAGCCUACAAAUGUCACACUAGUAGCGUAUGGAAAUAAAAACUUCAAAAUUACUCCAGUUGGACAAGUAACACUGAAACUGAAAGUUGGAAAUCAAAUAGCAGAAGUUAAUUUCGUCGUCGUUAACCCUAGUUCUGGUGCUAUUCUUGGGUUACAAGAUUGUCUAAAAUUGCAAUUAAUUUCCAGAUCAACCAAAGUAAAUGAGCCACAGAAGUACAUUCACGAGUUAACAAUGGAAAUGGUUACUGAAAAAUACAAAUCAAUCUUCAAUGGCAUUGGAAAAAUUCCAGGAACACAUCACAUCACUGUAAGCUCAGAAGUCAAGCCAGUAAUUAAUCCACCAAGACUGGUCCCUUUAAGUCUACAUACAAGAUUGAAAACAACUUUGGAAAAAUUCAGCAAAGAAGGAAUCGUCAGCAAAGUCAGCAAACCAACGAAAUGGGUGAAUAAUUUGGUAAUCAUCGAGAAACCAAAUGGUGAACUACGCCUGUGCCUUGAUCCAAAAGAUCUGAACACUGCAAUUCAGAGGGAAAUAUAUCAAAUUCAAACACCGGAAACCAUCAUUGCACAACUAAGCAACAAAGAAUAUUUUUCCGUCUUCGACAUGUGUCAAGGGUUUUGGCAAAUUGUUUUGGAUGAAGAAAGCUCCGAGUUAUGUACGUUCAAUACACUUUUUGGUCGAUAUAAAUUCAAUCGUCUUCCAUUUGGUCUAAAAUCCAGUCCAGAGGUAUUCCAAAAGAAAAAUGAAGAAAUGUUUGGAGAUAUCCCAGGAGUACACGUGUACUUUGAUGACAUUAUAAUCUCAGAUGGAAAGCAGAACCAAAUUAAAGAAGAAACAAAAAAUGAUCAAGAUCUAAAACAAAUUUUACAUUUUUAUGAACAUGGUUGGCCUAAUAAUGUUAAACAAUAUUCAAAGGUAGUUAAACAUUUUUGGAAAAUUAAACAUGACAUUACAGUUAAUAAUGGUAUUAUAUAUUUUAAUGAACGAAUUGUAGUUCCUCAAUCGUUACAAAGUUAUAUGUUAAAAAUUUUACACGAAACCCAUCUAGGUAUAGAAAAAACCAAAGCUAGAGCUAGAGAAGUAUUGUAUUGGUUAGGCAUGUGUAAAGACAUAUAUGAAUAUAUAUCAGGCUGUGAAAUGUGUGAGAAGUUUAGUAGAAAUCCGCAAAAGGAACCUCUUAUGUCGUAUGAAUGUCCAACGCGACCAUGGUUUCGAAUUUCAGCUGAUAUAGCUUAUUAUGCUGGUAAUGAGUAUCUUGUUGUGAUUGACUCAUAUAGUAAAUGGAUUGAAUUGAAAAAGUUGAAAUAUAAAGAUUCUCAUGAGUUAAUCAAGCAUUUUAAAGAAAUUUUUUCACGACAAGAAAUUUCGCGAAUCAGUGGAAUUUUAAAGUCAUUACUACUAGCCCAAAUUAUCCGCAAUCUAACGGACUAGCUGAGAAAGGUGUAGGAAUAGUAAACAAUUUGUUUCGAAAAAAUACUGAUAUAGACUUAGCACUGUUAGAGUAUAGGACAA